AUCUCCCCUUCCUCCUCAUUUCCUCUAUUCCUUCCCAACUUAACUCCUCUUCCCUUCUCCUCCACCCAUGGAAGGCAACCAAAACAGUUCCGGCAACAUACCCCCCGCCGCCAGCGAGCCCAUCCGCUCACGUUGGACCCCAAAGCCAGAACAGAUCCUCAUACUUGAAUCCAUCUUCGAAAGCGGAAUGGUGAAUCCAGCCAAAGAUGAGACAGUAAGGAUUCGCAAGCUGCUAGAAAAGUUUGGUUCGGUUGGGGAUGCCAACGUGUUUUACUGGUUUCAGAACCGGCGGUCUCGCUCUCGCCGUCGCCAGCGUCAGAUUCAGGCGAGUCUUGCGGCCGCCUCGGCGGUGGUUGGAGGAGGAAAAACUACGGGAUUCGAGCAAUCAGCUGCAGUAGCGGCGGCAAUGGCGUCUUGUUCGUCAAAUUGUACGUCGUCGUCGUCAUCGUCGAGUUCGUCUGGUGGUGGCGGGGGAGCUGGUUUUUAUUAUGGUGCUUCGUCUUCGGUGACUCCGAGUUCGGUGUCGUUGUUGUCGGGGUUUGGUGGGAGUCAUAAGGCGGAUGAUCUGUUUUCUAUUUCUGAUCAAAUGGGGGGACUUGGAGAUGAUAGCUAUAUGUCCUGUUAUGAGGCGGCGCAGAUGCAAUACCAGACUGGAAGCAUAACUGUGUUCAUCAAUGGGAUUCCUUCAGAAGUUCCAAGCGGGCUAAUUAACAUAAGAGCUAUGUUUGGCCAUGAUGCUAUGCUCAUCCAUUCGUCCGGAGAACCCCUUCCCAUUAAUGACUGUGGAAUCCUUCUGCAGAGCUUGCAGAUGGGAGAAAGCUACUACUUGGUUGCAAGAUCUACUUAAUUUAGAAGAACUCUGGGCAUUGAGAAAUGGGAAGAUGGAGUUGAGAAAAUCUUUAAAAAUAAGGCAUGAGCUGGUGAUUUUAUUUUAUUGCUUUUUUUUUUCUUUUUGCAUGCAUGCAGGGAAUGAGAGGUGUUUUGUUUAUCAUCUAAGGGAGCCAUGUGCGCUUCUGCAAGGGUUAGAAAUUAUGUGAUUUUUCUCUUUUUACGUUGGAUUUAUGUAAUGAAGCCUUUGAACUGGUUCCUGCUGUCGUGAACCAAUAUAAUAUAUAUUAUGAGUAGGAUCAGUAGCCGGAAUAUAAAUGCAUAUUCGUACUUCUGAAUUGUACUUCAAAAUGAAAUAAGCUUUUUUUUUGGGGGUUGUAAAGAUG